GUCACCCGGGCGCCGGGAAGGCAGCCGCGGCCCAGCACCGGGCCCGGGCCCUCGAGCAGCGGCGGCGGCGGCGCUGCGGGCCGGGGCCGCGCUGCUGCCGGCUCACACCGCACACCAGGCCCACAGCCCCACGGCCCCCGGGCCCACAGUCCCCGGGCUCACGGCCCCACGGCCAACGGCCCCCGGAGGCCCGGCGUGCUGCGCAGGCUCCGCGCCGCCCGUUCCGUCCCUUCCGUCCCGCCCCGCGCGGCCGGGGAGCGGUUGCCGGCGUUCCGGUGAACGGCUGCCGGCGUUCCGGGGAGCGGUUGCCGGCGUUCCGGGGAACGGCUGCCGGCGUUCCGGGGAGCGGUUGCCGGCGUUCCGGGGAACGGCUGCCGGCGUUCCGGGGAGCGCCGCGGCCAUGGGCGCUGCGGCCGGGCCGCCCGGCUUCUGCGUGGGGCUCGGCCUGGCCCUGUCCUCCAGCGCUUUCAUCGGCGGCAGCUUCGUCCUCAAGAAGAAGGGGCUGCUCCGGCUGUGCCGCCGCGGCCGCGCCAGGGCAGUGGGAGUUGGAGAAGCUGCAAAUUUCGCUGCCUAUGCCUUUGCCCCUGCAACACUGGUAACUCCACUGGGUGCUCUGAGUGUUCUUGUUAGUGCAGUUCUGUCUUCCAUCUUCCUGAAUGAGCAGCUGAAUGUUCAUGGGAAGAUUGGCUGCCUCCUGAGUGUUCUGGGCUCCACAGUGAUGGUGAUCCAUGCUCCACAGGAAGAAGAGGUUUCCAGCCUGGAGUCAAUGGCAGAGAAGCUGAAAGAGCCAGGCUUCAUUGUGUUUGCUGUGUGUGUCCUGCUGAGCUCCCUCCUGCUCAUCUUCGUGGCCGGGCCCCGUCACGGCCAGCACAACGUCCUGGUUUACGUGCUGGUGUGCUCAGCCAUCGGCUCCCUCUCCGUGUCCUGUGUCAAAGGCCUGGGCAUUGCCCUCAAAGAGCUGUUUUCUGGGAAGCCUGUCCUGAGAGAGCCCCUGGGCUGGGUGCUGCUGGUGUGCCUGGUGAUCUGCAUCAGCAUCCAGAUCAACUACCUGAACAAAGCCUUGGACAUCUUCAACGCCUCGGUGGUCACCCCCAUUUACUACGUGCUGUUCACCACAGCAGUCAUGAUGUGCUCUGCCAUCCUCUUCAAGGAGUGGCAACACAUGGUGCUGGCCAACAUCAUCAGCACCAUCAGUGGCUUCCUCACCAUCGUGUCUGGCAUCUUCCUGCUGCACGCCUUCAGGGACGUGCCCCUCAGCCCCGACCUCCUGCCCCUCUUCCUGCAGCAGGGCAGGGCAGAGCUGCACACCCCAUGGAGGAGCACACACACACAGUCCUGUCAGCACCAGCCUCUUCUGCCCCAGCAGGACAAAAGCUCUCAGAGUGCAGAGGAGGAGGAGGAAGGUGAGAGCACGGGAGGGAGCCUCUGAACUGCUUUUCUGCUCCUCCACUGCAAGGCUGAACAUCCUGCCUCAGCUGCUGCUGCCUUCUGCAGCACUGGGAGCUGGCAGCUCCCAGGUGGGAGAUGGCUGAGCUGCCAGUGCCAGGAGGCUGAUGGGAGCCUGGGAAGUGCCCAGCUCCUGGCACCCAGUGCCUCCUCACUUUCCUUUGACAUGAAGAACCAACCUGCCCUCACCAGCACACGGGUGCUGGCUGUGCAGAGCCCUGCAGCCCUCAUAGUGCCUUACUGAAUGCACACACCGUGCAUUUGGGGAUCCUUAGAAGACUAACAGGUCCAAAAGACUCUUAACAUGGUGCUGAGGUUACCUGGGUGUCUGCCUCUAAAGGUGACAUACCCAGGACAGUCAAAGAAUUCCUCUCUCGAGUACUUGUGUUGCUCACUGUGCUAGAAUUUACUGCCAGGUUCACAUCCAAGGCCAGAACACAGCCCAGCCCAGAGCUUCAGUGGUACUGCCACGUGCUGCUGUGGCUCUCAGGGAGGGACCAGCCUCUUCAUACAUCUGCUGGGCAGGUUGAUGAAGCACCUGCUUGCUGUAUUCUACUCAUUAAAGCCCAGUCUGUUCAGUUAA